AUGGACUUCGACGAGGACAUGUUAGGGCUGCAAAUUGAGGACCUGGGCGAAUAUUUCUUGCAGACGGACAUUGACGACAAUUGGAAGGGAUUUUCUCUUGGAUACACAGAAGAUGAGCAACAACAACAGAUAGCAGAGGUUCAUGACUCUGACACUUCGUUUUCAUCUGCUGCUGCUGCUGCUGGUGGUGGUGGUAAUGGUGGUGGAAGCUUUAUGCAACAUUUGACGUCACCGCCACUGUCAGAAAUGCUGAAACAUGGUACUGGACUUGAAGACUGGUUGGGCUUUGGUUCGCCUAGGAAGGACAUUGCUACGUUGUUUCAAACUGGAUUGACUCCUGCUGGCGCCAAACCUGAUGCAGUGAUGAUGAACCAAGCAACGAGAGAUAAGGCAGAACUGGAGAACUUUAGUCUGGAUCAACACAAGCAAUUGGUGAUAUCGGCAAUGCCAGAAUUGGCUACAGCAAAUGUAUCGACCUCACUUGAUGGUAGUAUUAAACCUGCUUCACCCAAAAUGCCGAGUCUACAGUGCCAAAACAUUUUAAGCAGUGAUGAUGAUGACAUGAAUAUUUUUGGAGAAGCUGAUUCGUUCAAUCGUAGAGUUAACGUCAUGACCGUGUCGUGCUAUCCUAGCGUAUGUUCGACUAUUGGCAGCAAAUCUGCUAUCAGUGCACCUUCGCCACCACCGGAAGAUGAUAGAGGUUUCCGGAAGAAGUCACGUGAAAAGAUGCGCCGUCAAGAGGUGAACGUCAAGUUUGAAGAGCUUGUGGACCUACUAGGACUUUCCAACCGCGUACGAAAGAGUGCUGUUUUGCAGGAGGCUGUAUCUACUAUAAACACGCUGAAGCGAGAGCGAGAUGAAUUGCGCCGUGAUCGGGAUCGCCUACUGCAAGAAGUAAGCAAGCUAGCUACGUGCUUGCAAUACUCACAAUUAGGAUCUGUGGCUGCCGCAAAUGCCGUCGCCAUGAUACAGCAGCCGAACCAGCCACUUCCUCAUAGGAACUCGUCGGCGCAGUUCCCUAACCAGCAGCAUGAUCGGCCUGCAGGAGCAGUCUCAAGCAGGCUGGAAGCAGUACACACGCACCCGCUUGACGUCCUGUGUAACCCGGGCACAAACUGCUUCCCCAUUAGUUCAGUGUUUUCUAAUCUUUCUUCACAGUUGGGGUCACGUUCUCCAUCAGCGUCAUCAGUGUCCGGUCAAGUUACCAUCGCACCAAAAUCUUUGAAACCGGCGCCCUCUUCCUCGUCAUAUACCCUGUCACCUCCAACACCGAGAUAA